GAUAAUAUCUGUUCGGCAGUUAUCACUAUACUUGGACAUAAGGAUGUAAAUAUUACAAUAGAUAAUAAUUAAAUCUGCAAAAAUUGGCAGAAAAGUGAAAGAAGCAUAUUAAUAUUUCUAAUCUCCAGUUGUUGUGCCUAUAAAUGCGAAUAUACGUAUUAAAGCAAUUAUGUUGCAAUUAUACACAAUUUUUGUUUUUCAAACAAUGUUUUGGUGUAUCAGCUACUUAAAGGUAUGGUCUUCCAAAAUCAUAAAGCAUGUUUUCAAAAAACAAAACAAAAAAACAUGUAUACAUUUAUUUCACCUUCAUCUCCACCUGUACCUUUGUCUUUUGGAGCGCUGGGAUAUUACACAUGACUUGUCUAGUCUUAAUUCUUUGAAAGGAUUAGAGUCUCUUCCAUUGACUGGCUCGUUCUUGGUGCUGUCCUCCUAUCGCUUCCUUUGUCUGCAUACACGUCUUUGUAACGCUGAGGGUCUCAUUACACGGCCAUACAGUCAUGAGGCCCAAUAGUGAUCGUGUUUUGAAUUGCUACAUUUGUAAUUUGCUACAUUUGUAAUCGUGUUUUGAAUUGCUACAUUUGUGAUUGGAUCUUUGUAUGUGAUGCUUUGAAUCUUUCUGUACCAUCUCAAUUCCAGGAUUUUUCUUUCUAACUGUGCAGCUCGAGUAGCCUACACGAUUUGCACGCUAUGCUCUUGGCUCUUGCCCUGCUCACUGUUGCUCUUUCGUGUCUUUGUGGGUCCGCUAUGUGUGAGUAGGACUAGGUCCGCUAUGUGUGAGUAGGACUAGGUCCGCUAUGUGUGAGUAGGACUAACCCACUAAAUCCACUAACCAAACUCCCUUAUUAUUAUGUUGUUGUUUAUAGUUCUGGUAGACCUUCUGCAAUUAAUAGUAAGAAUUAAUUGGUUUGAUAAGUUUCGCAAGCUACAAGUUUAUUUGUUUUUCGACUAAAAUAAUUGAUAAAUCUCCAUAUAAAUUAAAUAAGCAAAAUAAUUAAAAAAAAAAAGAAACUUUUAAAAAAAGUUAUCUCAAUACUGAAGAUUUAUAUUAAUCUUUUCGAUAUCAAAUAAAAUUAAUUAAUUAUCACUAUCUAAUCAACUUUUGGUUAAUUGGAGAAUAAGAAGGACAAAAAAAAACGUGUUCCCAAUUUCAGACAGAGAGGGUGUGUGUCUAUAAACUUUGUAAAAAUGGCAAACAUUUAUAAAUGCAACAGAAAUUGAUUUUUUAAAGUAUGGUAACCUUAAAAGUCUGACUUUAACAGUUGCAGUUUAAUAUCAAGUUCUAAUUAUGUUGUGCAGUAAUUACUGGUAGGCCUAUAUUUGUUUUUUUUUAAAUGACGUAAUUACGUUGUUCAAAUCAAUAAGCUUUCUUUUAGAGGCUGAUAAGCUUCUUGUUAUGUCUAUAACAAUCACCACAUACCGAAUGUUACAAACAAAAAAUGUUUUAUUUUAUAAAAUGGCAAAAGAAGUUUAUUUUCUCUAUAAAGUUUUAAGCUUAAUAUUGAGAGUGUUACAUCUAGACAUAGCCUACAUCGUAUAAUAUUUACUUUUCUUUUUAAAAAUCUUUUAAGCACUAUUUGUUGCCUAUGUAAACAUAAGCUUUUAUGAAUAAGACACAACUGUGUGUUCAAAUAAGUGUAACAGAAAUGGGAAUAACGUCUUAACAACUAGUAUUGAACCGUAAUGACAGCCUGUAGGUAUGAGUUCAUCAAACAGCCACUCUGACAAAACACAUGGGCACAUAAUAGUGGAUUUAAACAUUUGUGCUAAUUAUUUCAUUGAGACCAACAGCCUCACAGUCUUAAUCUUUUUUUCUUGACUUUUUUGUUAGUUAGGCGAAUAAAGAUCUAUGACCUAAUUAGGCUACAUUAAAUUUAGUACCAUGCUUGCAAUUAUGCUAAGUAGGCCUACUAAUUAAAAAGUUAUGCUUCUUUUUUUUUUCCUUCACCUGCUCAUUGCUAGUCGAACUGCUCAUACCUUGAAAGUAAGACAAAAGUUACUGACAUGAAACUGAGAAACGUAGUACACAUUUUAGAGUUAGUUUAUGGUUGUUUGCUUUAACAUUAGGUCAAAACAAAAGUCUUCAACUUUCACUUUAUUGUGUUUUUUAAGUUGUUCUGGGUAUUGUUUUAAUUCAGAUAUGAACGUUCAACGUUCCAUUUAGUUUAGAGAAGGCUACGUAUGCUAAAUUUAAGCUAACCUCGGCCUACGAUGUUGUGUAGCUGAUACUUUGUUGUUGUUUUUAUUAGACCAGGGCCUAUAGAAUUGUAAGAAUUAUUUUUUUUAGUAAUCAACUAAAAUGAUUUUCCUAUUUUCUUUUAAACUGCAGACAUGUCAACCUAAUGAAUGUGCUCAUACAGCAUAGCAAUCAGUAUUUAUUUCUUAAAAAAAAAAAGAUGAACGCAAUCGUAUAAGAUUCUAAUCGAACACAGAGCUUGAGUUGUAUGUACAAGAAAACAUUGGGAGCUAGAGGGAGUUACGAGAGAAAGAAAAGAGCCAAUCAGAUUCAGCGAGCCACAAACACAUCAAAGUUGCUUUUGAAAAAAAAAUGUUGCGGUAUAUCAAACGACUUCUACGUUAAUACUUUCCAUAGCCAAGAGCGUCCUACAAUGAUUACUCAAUCAAGCACGCAGGGUCACGACAGGGCGUUCAGUCAAGCAGUAAAAAAUAUAUUCCGAUGUCCUUACAAACGAAAGUCCUGGGCCUGUGCACCUUUCGGACCUAGCUUUCGACGGCUUUGGCUGCACCGAAAGUUCUCUCUCCGGUCUUUGCUCAAAGCAACUCUCAUCUUGUCCUUGAUUUUCUUGAUCACGUUGUGUCUGCCAAGACCAGACUGGCUAGAAUGCAGCAGACGUGACUACUCCGCCAUCUUGCCCUUCAAUCCAACAGAAAGCGGGAUCACAGGCUUACACUCCAAAAUAAAAGUCGUUGAUCCGUAUCUUCGUGGCGCCCUUCGAAUGUAUCACAUCUAUAAUGAGACGUCGAUACAAGAUUUCCCUAAGGAUACAAAAUCAGAUGAUUCAAACGGAGCAACUGAAGUCUCAAAUCUGAACAUCAUCCCGUCAGUUAGCCUUGAACUGCUCCAAGUUAUAGGCAAAAAAGAAGACAUUGAGUUUGAAGAGCUCCACAAGAAAGACUUACUUCCUGAGUGUGUACAUUUUUCUGGACCGCAGGAGAUGAAAGCUCCUGUAAUCUGCAUCUACCCCCGCGAAAAGGAUAAAGUCAUAUCUAUGUUCUUGAGAGACACUGGAACUUGGGAAAUGGAUCGUUUGAUAGACAUGGAGUGGACUCUGCAAGCCUACACAGACAUGCAGCUGGUAGAUCUGGGAUGUAAUGUGGGAGUAUUCACCCUCUAUGCGGCUGGAAUGGGACGCCAUGUUUUGGCUGUGGACGUGCUGCCUAGCAAUCUGAAACUGCUACAAGUGUCCUUGACACUUAAUGAUCGCCAUAAUGACGGCUACGCCAUUAUACGUAAUGCCACACAUCUCUACCCCGCCAGGAAGAAGAGUUUCAAUGAACAAGUAACAAACACAACCACUUUAAAUACGGCCAACUUCACAAACAAAACAACACAGAAAUCAUUUAACAAAGUUUCUUUAUCUUUACAAAAUAGCUACAAAAAUGUCAGCGAAACUUAUAAAAAUAAGUUUAAAGUAAAAAGGAAAUAUAAAAUCAAAACGCGAAAACUGUCACGAGCAUUGCUCCAUAUGAACCAAUCAUUGAAGUACACUCUAAACAAAGAGAUCAAGUCGAAUCAAAUCAGUCAAACCAAGACAAAAAUUCAAAAAGAUGCUAUAAAAAAUGAAUUUCGCCCAGCAGUAGCUAGAUCUACACACAAGCAUCCUUUAACACAAGACGUAGAUGAAGAGAAGGCUGUCGAUCUGAAUGCUCAAACAAUAUCUCAGCUUGUUACGCUUGUUCACAAUGCCAUUUACAGCGACCGAAAGUCUCGUUUGGCUGUUUAUAUUAAUCCAGACGGUAACGUUGGGGGCUCUGAGGUUGUCCCAAUGAACUCAACCCGUCUGGACGACCAAGUGGAAGAUCUGGUUCUGGUGGACACCAUAUGUCUGGACGACCUGCUGCCUCUGGUCAAAGCGCCCAGCGUUUAUCUCAAAAUGGACAUAGAAGGCUCGGAGCCGCAUGCAUUGAAAUGUGCCCAGAAGUUCUUCGAGAAGGUUCACGUCAGGUUCGUCCUCAUGGAAUGGCUGUUUCAGCUCAGAUCUGUCGGCAACUCCCAGACCUUAGCGCCCGAGCUUAUUCGUUUUUUCGUAGCUAAAGGGUUCAUUCCCACCACGGGAGCAGGAGUGGAUGUUCGAGGUGGGGCAGGGGAAAACAGAGGCGUAUAUGUGCUAGAUAUCAAUACCUGGCACAGGUGGCCAGAGAUGAUUCUUUGGAUGGAAAGAUAACAUUAGUAAGUUGAAAGG